UUUAAUGGAUCUGGAUUCUUGGAAGCGCUGUGGGAUUUUUUUCAUGUGGGUUGUUAGCUGUCAGGCAUUUACCAGGGAAGGUCCAGACGCUUGGACUUCAUCUUCUGGUUCUAUUGAUGAGUGAAUUGAUGGUAAUUUUCUUGGAGAGCACUUUGUAAACUUGGCAUAGAGCAAAUGUCUGUUGUGGUCCAUUUUCUAAUUGGACAGGGUGUGCUGAAUUGCAAAUGGUUAUAUAAAUUAAGAAAAACUGCCCCAAAACUGGAAUUUAAUAACCCCCCUAAAUUAUUUCCACACAAGGAAACGUGCAGUGUAUUUAAGCUCUUUCCUGCUUUCCUCCAUGGAAAUAUAAACCACCCAGUUUUCUUUAGGAAUUAAGAGCCUAAAGAAAUGUUCAUUUUGUAUCCUGCUGUCCUUUCUGAUGCUGAUGUUUUAACUCUUUUCCAAAACUGUGUAUUUGCAGCCCUGUUGAUCUCACAAUCUGUAUCGUAUAGAUUUUACACAACAUAACGAAGCCCGUCUGUGGUAUAAGUGUUUCAUAAAGAACUUGGAGCCUGUGUAAAAGGGCUGUAACUUGGAGAUAGCUGUUAGCAAGUUUCCUUCAAAGAAACAUCAUCUGGAAACAAUGGUGACUGUUUCUUUACUUCCUUUAGGUUAAAACAUUACAAACAAGUACAUUCAUGCUGGCAUAUGUGCAGCCAGGCUGUGACUCGAGUCUGCAAACAGGUCUCUCACUUCAAGCACCAUGCCUGUUAAUUUGCCUGUGCAGAGUUACAUUAAGGAACUCUGCUCUAUUUGGUGAUAUUUGCUGUGUUAUGACUUUUCCUUCAAGUUUAUGUAAAUAAUUUGAGGAAGAAUACAAAGGGAAUGUCAUUCCCUCUAAGCUUAUCUGUUUCCUUGCACUGCAUGUGGACACUCUUGAGGCACAAAAUGCAUUUUCUCCCCCUCCUGCCUGUUUGUUAAAGCACUGUCAUCUCUUUGGCAGCAUUCCCACUACAACACAGCAUCUGUCUUCUCAGCACAUUUUUAAAGAUGGUGUUUGUGCCUUCAAUGUGAUGGAUUUAAACAUGGAAGAGGAGUUCUAGAAGUGCCGGGAAUACGCUGGGAAUAAAAGUGUGGGAAGACAAGCCACAAGGGGACUCUGCUGCUGUCUGUGUGCAAGUGAUUGGAACAAAUCCUGGUAAAAAUGGAAAAAAAGGCAACAGGCAAAGUGACCGAGCCACUGACUUGCAAGAAAGAUGUCUCAGACUGUAACAAAGGAGAAGACUGUAAAGAGAAUGGACUUCUGGUCAGGAACCCUAAAUCUGCCCUGCGGCUGGUGGAGGAUGGCAACAAAGUCCAUCCCAGCCAGGGGGAUAAAGGGGAGGCAGCUCAGAUCUCAAAUGGUUAUUCAGGGGGGCAGAGCUCUGCUCCCUGCAAUGGCAUGGGAGAGGUGGAGGAUGCGCAGUGCACUGCCCCAGCAGCCACCACCACCACUACGACCACCACUUCCACCACCUGUGGAGCAGAAGGCCAGCAGCAGCUGAUGGAGUUGGAAGACAGAGAGACCUGGAGUAAAAAAAUUGACUUUCUACUCUCUGUCAUUGGCUAUGCAGUGGAUCUGGGGAAUGUGUGGAGAUUUCCUUAUAUAUGCUAUCAGAACGGAGGAGGAGCUUUCCUCAUUCCCUACACAAUUAUGGCCAUCUUUGGAGGGAUUCCUCUCUUCUAUAUGGAACUAGCCCUAGGACAGUACCACAGGAAUGGGUGUAUUUCCAUUUGGAGAAAAAUAUGUCCUAUAUUCAAAGGAAUUGGCUUUGCCAUCUGUAUAAUAGAUCUUUACGUAGCCUCCUAUUACAACACCAUUAUGGCUUGGGCCUUUUACUACCUCAUCUCCUCCUUCACAACGGAGCUGCCGUGGACUAGCUGCACAAACGCCUGGAACACAGGCAACUGCACAAACUACUUCAGCAAGGACAAUGUCAGCUGGUCGCCUCACUCCAUCUCUCCUGCAGAAGAAUUUUAUACCCGCCAAGUUCUACAGGUGCACAGAUCUGAUGGGCUGGAUGACCUGGGGGGCAUUAGCUGGCAAUUGACUCUCUGUUUAUUGCUAAUCUUCACCAUUGUAUACUUCAGCAUCUGGAAAGGAGUCAAAACAUCUGGCAAGGUGGUGUGGGUGACUGCCACAUUCCCUUACAUCAUACUCUUUAUCCUGCUCGUGAGAGGUGCAACAUUGCCUGGGGCAUGGAGAGGUGUCCUCUACUACUUGAAACCUGACUGGCAGAAACUCCUGGCCACUGAGGUUUGGGUGGAUGCAGCAGCUCAGAUUUUUUUCUCCCUUGGUCCAGGUUUUGGGGUCCUGUUGGCUUACGCCAGCUACAACAAAUUCCAUAACAACUGCUACCAAGAUGCUUUGGUUACCAGUACCGUGAACUGUGUGACUAGUUUUGUGUCUGGAUUUGUCAUUUUCACUGUGCUGGGAUACAUGGCGGAGAUGAGGAAUGAAGAUGUAUCAGAGGUUGCCAAAGAUACUGGACCCAGCCUCCUCUUCAUCACGUACGCUGAGGCCAUCGCAAACAUGCCUGCUUCCACCUUCUUUGCCAUCAUCUUCUUCCUGAUGUUGCUCACACUGGGAUUAGACAGCACGUUUGCAGGAUUAGAGGGAGUGAUUACGGGAGUCCUGGAUGAAUUCCCGCAUGGCUGGAGCAAACGCAGGGAACUGUUUGUCCUUGGUCUGAUCAUCAUUUGUUUCCUGGGGUCAUUAGCGACCCUGACUUUUGGAGGUGCAUAUGUGGUAAAGCUGUUUGAGGAAUAUGCCACGGGUCCAGCUGUCCUCACCGUUGUGUUUCUGGAAGCGGUUGCUGUGUCCUGGUUCUAUGGCAUCACCCAGUUUUGCAACGAUGUGAAAGAAAUGCUGGGCUCUGCCCCAGGCUGGUACUGGCGAGUUUGCUGGGUAGCAAUUAGUCCCAUCCUCCUCCUGUUUGUCACUUGCAGCUUCUUGUCCAGCCCUCCUGAGCUACGGCUUUUCGAUUAUAACUAUCCCUACUGGACCACAGUAGUGGGUUAUUGCAUAGGAUCCUCUUCAGUCAUCUUCAUUCCAAUCUACAUGGUCUAUCGGUUGAUCAUCACACCAGGAACAUUUAAGGAGCGUAUUCUGAAAAGCAUUACUCCAGAAACAGCUACAGAAAUUCCUUUUGGAGACAUCCGCAUGAAUGCAGUAUAAGCUAACCUGGGGGGAGCACAAAGUGUGACUUUCCCCAUCCUCUUCCCCCUGCCCCCAAAGAAUUUAGUUUCCAGCUGAGACAAGAAAUGGAGGAGUUUUACAUGGAGAUGGCAUCACUGACAACGGGCAUCUGGAAACGGGAUGCCCCAGCACAUUUAUCCAAGCAAUUCAAUGAACUCUCCGGUGCACUUCUAACCAGCCUGAACUGACAGAGAACCAACUCAUACUGGGAACACACGGGUGUCUGUGUGCAUGAGGAUACCACUACUCCAUGCUCUGGGGCUGUCAGAAAGUGUGCGUGGCUGAGUAAGCCACUAUAGGAUGAGUAUCAGAGGGUAGGAUUAGGUGUAGAAUCCCAAGUCUGUGGCAGUGCUCCUGUAUCUUCCUCAAUGUGAUCGUUUGUACUGGGCAACGUCGUCUUCGCUUCUAAGGUUCUAAUUGCUUAAACUACAUUGAAAAAUACAAAGAUAUUUCUGAUAGCCAUAAACGUAUGACUCAAGUAACACAGGGUUUUAUAAACUAGGCAAAAAAAGAGUAAAUUCCCUAGGUUUGUAGUGAAGUAGAGGAAGAGGAAACGAUCCCGAGCAGCACUAUACACACCUCUGCGUACAUUAGCGCACGUUUGGUGGCAUUAUCCCCCUUUUCAUUACCAGUGUCUGUUCUUCCUUGUGUAACAAGUACUACAAAAGCAUUCUUUGUAAUGAGGUAGGCAUCACUUUCCUUUAGACCCAAUCAAACCACGCAAACUCACCAUGGGUUACUUCACAAGUACCUCAGACAUCCACAAAAUCAUUGUCCUGACAGACCUAACACACCCAAAGAAACUACUGACCAAGGGUGAACCUUUUUGAGUUCCGAUGCCAAAAAGUGGAAUCUUAAAAGAUCUGCUUCUCUGCUUUGCUUCGUUCUUUGGUUUUGUGUUUUGUUCUGGGGUUUCCUUUGUUUUGUUUCUUUUGGACCUACAAACAAAAGGCACCUGAAGAAGGGAAUAUGUUCUUUCACUGCCAACAGAAAAACAAUAGAUGUGUCUUACUGUACAGUUACAAGAAAGUUUUGUAGCUUAUCCCUCAAGUAUAUAUGAAAGCUAUUUCCAAAACUGGCUUCAUUAUAAGGAAAAAAGGAACAGUUUGGGAAUUCUUUUACUAUUAGAAUGCCAUUUAAAGUUACCAAUCAGGAAAAUUACUCCAUUAUUUUUUUUUUAAAUGAAUAUUCUAAUUAGAAGAAAAAAUACAGAAGAGAUGUCAGUGUAAGGUGACUGAGGUACUCGUAUGUAUCCAGCAUCCAAGGGUGGGAAAUAAAGGAGAAAGCCCUACCCAGCUUCUUCACUCUUCAGACUGGUGGUCAGCUAUUGCCGAGUAAGUUUUCUCCUAAAUGGGUAAGUAUUUAAACAGAUCAAUCUCACAGAUGGGGUAUUUUUUGCCAGACUUGAUGCUGUUUUGUGUUGGGCUCACUCAACAAAACCAAACCCCCACAGUCCCUCCAACAAACCCCCAACUUACACUUCCAGUGUUUGGUCGUUUUCAUAUACCCGUGUGCAAAAGUCUCUUUAAACAGACAUUUUGCAGUCUUCUAUCAGGAAGGGUGAAGGUGGGGACAGAAACUGUUGAGUUAAAUAAGAGCAUUAUCUGUACCAAAGCCAAAGUUUCUCUUUCCCCCCUUGCAAACAAACUGAAUCUGGGAACAUUAAUUCUACCAGAAUAAUUUGCAAGGUAAUAAUUGCAGAAUCCCUAUGUCAUGUGCAACGCUACUGAUGUUAUUCCUUUAUAAUAGCAUUUGAAAUGGCAAAAGAUGCAUCUUUAAUUUGUACUCUAAGACACUAAUACACAACAGACAUUGUCUCUCUGGGUGGUUUUAGCACCUCCUAAGAAAUGCCACUGUUUUCUGGUGGAUUAAAAGUCAGCAAAGAAGCCCCGAUGUUAACACAGCUCUGCAACAGUCAGCGCAAACCAGGGCAAGGUCUCUCAGCUGACAGAUUAGAAUAAAGCACUCUGAGUACAGAUGUACUGCAAGAGGGUAAAAGAGUGCUAAAUCAUUCGAAGAUACAAAGAGCAAUGCAGACAUGCAAAGUCGCAGGAGCAGUAUUUUUAGACAGUCCAGAAGAUCACUGCUGAUGCUAGAUCUUUGUUCUCUUUUCACUAGAAUAAUCCAGUCUGAGGUGUUUAUGGGAACGGGGCAAGGAAGCCCUCUGGAAGUGGAUUUUAAAUGCUUGUCUUUUCCUCAAUAAUACAAAGAUCAAAUACAUGCAUGUUUUCAUUCUAUGAAAGCUGAACUUGCAAGGCAGGUUAGUCUCUGUUAUUUUUUGUUAUGUGGCACACUGGUCUGAAGUUUUCUAAUUCUUCUGAUGACAAGUUCAUUUGUCAGUAUCUGUUUAGCUCAGUGGUUGACAUAUUGAGAAAUAGAUUUCAUUUAUUUUUAUAAUUGAUUUUUUUUUCUCCUUCCUUUUACAUAUCCAGCUGAACACAUUUAGAGGAACCAGUAUUUAUCAGGUAGCUCAACAGGUAGCCAUAUAUUAAACAUUGGUUUUGUACAAAAACUAGUUAUAUUGAUGCCAAAUGGGCUGCACUUAGAAGUGUUUUGAGGCAAACCACCCAAUUCCUUCUCUUUCCCUCCCCUUUGCUUAUCUACCCCAUGAGAACAUCCUACCCCCUAUUCUGAGCAGUGAGAAGGAAGUUAUGAAACCAGUAAAUUAGGUUUGCCUUAUAAGCAAAGAGAAUUAAACUGGAGUUUUAGCUGUACAGAACUAAGUAUUCCCUCCGACUUGUACAUGAUGCACCUGUAUUAAUUUAUGCGGCUGUUUAGUUACAAGUGUUGCAAGCUGACUGUAAGUCAUCAGUAUGUGCCUUGUACUGUAAACUGUUAUUGUAAUAAAUUUAAUAUUCAUAAUCCA